UUAGUAGCCAAUCUGUUCGAGAAAUAGAUGGAAAUAGAAAGUAGAAAAUGUGUACAUACCCUGUGUCACAAAAUGUAAGCGUACCACUACAAUGUUGCAAUCAAUUAGCUCCAUGCUGAAUGGAAACGCGUUGCGAUAACAAUAUGCUAAAAAUGACAAACUCAAUUGACUCAGUCGCCAAAAUCCGGACCACGGUCAUCAGUGACCGGUAAUCGUCCGUGUCUCUGCACUGAUAAUGAUUCAUUGGCCGGUUGCAAUUUCAUUACAAUUAAUCGUUGCCCUCAGUUAACGCACAGCAUCAUCCAAGAUGAGGUCGAAAGCAGUCGUUGCUCUUCUCUUGCUCUCCAUACUGUGCUUGAGUGGCGUCAGCUGCGAAAAAGUACUCUUUUUGAUCCCUUUUCCUGGAUCUAGUCAUUGGUUGAUGUUUAAACAUUUUAUAAGGGAACUGACCGAAAGAGGUCAUGAGGUAACAGCUGUGACAAGUUACAAGUUUGGUGAAGCUAUUGACAACUAUACUGAAGUGCUGAUUGAUCCCAGUUAUCCCAUCCUUGAAAAAUUUCCGAUUUCGGCAGUUUACAGCUCACAAGAUUAUCAGAAUGAUUUCAAAAACCUGCUCCUGUAUUGGCGCCUGGGGCUGGAAACGAGUCGUUAUGCUCUGGAGAGUGCCAACGUACAAAAGUUUAUUAAACGUGAAGAUCAACAUUUUGACCUCAUCGUGGCUGAGCAAUUCUUCCAGGAAAGUUUGCUUAUGUUUGCCCACAAGUUCGAUGCUCCGAUCAUCACCAUCAGCACCAUCGGUUAUUCGGACUACAUGGAUCGGGCAAUGGGAUUGCUUACUCCAUGGUCAUUCGUGCCUCAUAUGCUACUGGAUUGUGACGAUCAGAUGAGCUUUUAUCAACGUGCUUACAAUGUGCUUCUUUCAACGGUUGAUUACAUUGGCCGAGAGCUGUAUUAUCUCCCCCAACAGAACAAACUGGCCAUGGAAAUUUUUGAUCGUUUUGUUGAUCAUCAUGGGCCUUUGCCAACUGUUCAAUCGCUGGAGAAAUCUAUCUCAGCGAUGUUGGUCAACAGCCAUCAAACUUUGGCAAAGCCACGGCCUUCCAUGGUUGGUAUCGCAAACAUUGCAGGAGCUCAUAUCAAACCACCAAAACCUCUACCACAAGAUCUUCAAAAGUUUAUGGACGAAGCUGAACAUGGAGUUAUAUAUUUUUCACUUGGAGCAUAUCUGCAGAGUUCGCUAAUGCCCCUGGAAAAACGAUCUAUUCUGUUGAAUGUUUUUGCAAAAUUGCAACAACGCGUUAUAUGGAAAUAUGAGUCAGGUGACCUGACGGACGUUCCCGACAAUGUCCUGAUUCGAAGGUGGGCUCCCCAGAACGACAUCCUCGCUCAUAAAAAUGUGAUUCUGUUUAUCUCUCAUGGUGGUCUGUUCGGGACGUUCGAAUCGAUGCAUCAUGGAGUGCCCACGUUAUUCAUACCGUUCUUUGCCGAUCAGCCUCGAAAUGCUGCCCGAGGAGUUCGCAGUGGAUAUGCCAGAAAACUGUCGUUCAAGGAUAUCACGGAGGAUUCAUUAUUCGAGAACAUUAGGGAAAUGGUUCAAAAUAAAGAGUACUCAACGAGGGCGCAGGAGAUUUCCGUAAUUUUCCGGGAUAGACUGGUGGAUCCGAUGAACGAGUCAAUCUUUUGGAUGGAGUAUGUUAUGCGGAACAAGGGUGCAAGGCAUUUGAAAUCUCAGGCGGUGAAUCUUUCAUUGGUGCAGUACCUUUUGUUGGAUAUUGUAGCUUCUGUGCUAGUAGCUGGAGUAGUUUUUGAAAUGGUUUUGAAAGUAUGUUGUUUGUGUAGAAAACAGAAGGACACUAGAUAUAAAAAGAAACAGAAUUGAUUUUGAUACCACUUUUGUGGCCAAUAAAGCACAUGGAACUACAAAGUUUUAAAAUGUUGUUUUGUGAAAAUAUAUAUUAAUU